AUGAGUGUGUCCCAACUCUUUGACCCUAGACCUGCUGGGACUGUCCCAGCCUCAGCUGAGGCGACUGGAAAGCUGCAGCUCCCCAGCGUCGGGUCCCGAAACUGGGACUGCAGUUUAAGUUCCCGCCCGCCGGUCUGCGCCCCCAGCCUGGGCUCAGUGCGCUGGUCCCAUGGAGCAGAACAGAGGGAACCUGGGAGAAAGGGCUGCAUGGGGAGACUGGGGAUGCUAGGGGCAGGAGUCAUAGCCAAGGGAGAGGGGACGCUGGGCACCCUCAAGCCUCCCUGCCCCCUGAGAGUGCUGGAGCAGCUCCUUCCUGAGCUUACAGGACUGCUCAGUCUUCUGGACCAUGAGCCCCUGAGUGACGCUGCCUUGGAGAAGAAAGUGUCUGUCUCAGCCAUUCUGAAGAACCUACAGCCUCUUUCAGGAAAGGAGAUAUCUUACAUGUAUAUGAAUACAGCAGAUUUGCACUCUGGACCUAGCUUUGUGGAGUCGCUUUUUGAAGAAUUUGACUGUGCCCUGAGCGACCUUCAGAACAUGCAUGAGGAUGAUGACAGAGACAGCCUGGAGCCAGCAAGGAGCCAGCUCCCGAGAAAAUCAUCAGAUCCUCCUCCACCACUUCCCACUAAUCCUCCUCCAGAAGAUGCAUAUGAAGAAGCCCUUCCCCUGAGUCCAGGCAAGACACCUGAGUACAUCAGCUCUCACAAUGGUUCGAGCCCACCCAACUCCAUUGAGGAUUGUUACUAUGAGGACGCAGAUAGCAGCUACCCCAUGACCAGGAUUAAUGGGGAACAGAAGAAUUCUUAUAAUGACUCAGAUGCCAUGAGCAGCUCUUAUGAAUCUUAUGAUGAUGAAGAAGAGGAUGGGAAAGGGCAGCAGUUAACCCACCAGUGGCCCUCAGAGGAAGCCUCCAUACACCUGGUGAAAGACUGCAGAAUCUGUGCCUUCCUGCUACGGAAAAAGCGCUUUGGCCAGUGGGCCAAGCAACUGACUCUUAUCAGGGACAACCAGCUGUUGUGUUACAAAAACUCCAAGGACCAUCAGCCCCACCUGAAGCUGGCCCUGGGCGUCUGUAAUGUCAUUUAUGUGCCCGGGGAUGGACGUCGCAAGAAGCAUGAGCUACGCUUCUCUCUGGGUGGUACAGAGGCCCUAGUUCUGGCUGUGCAGAGCAAGGAACAAGCUGAAGAGUGGCUGAAGGUUAUCAAAGAGGUGAGCAAGUCUAAUGGUGGAGCAGAUGGAACCGAGGAGCCCAAGUCCCCAGUUUUACAGUGCAAACUAGACCUAGACAAGAGAUUAUCCCCAGACAAACAGACGUCAGACUCUGACAGCAUCAGCACGGGAGAAGGCUAUUCAACCAAUAGUCGCCGUGAGCCAGGGGACUCUGGGAGGGGCAAGAAGAGCAGCCUGGCAGAGCUGAAGGGCUCUGUCAGCCGUGCCGCCGGCCGGAAGAUCAACCGCAUCAUUAGCUUCUCCAAGAAGAAGUCACAGACCGAAGAUGCACAGAUUUCCCCAGCGGAAGAAGGGGUCCCAUGCUGUGGUUACUUGAACGUUUUGGGGAGCCAGUGCUGGAAGGAACGCUGGUGUCGCCUCAAGGGCAACACAUUAUAUUUCCACAAGGAUCGCACAGACCUUCGGACCCAUGUGAAUGCCAUCAUCCUUCAGGGCUGUGAGGUUGUGCCAGGCUUUGGCCCCAAGCACCCAUUUGCUUUCCGGAUUCUUCGCGGCUGGCAGGAGGUCUCUAUUUUGGAGGCAAGCUGUUCUGAAGACAUGGGCCGCUGGUUGGGGCUGCUGCUGGCUGAGACAGGCUCCAGAGUACCUCCCGAGGCCCUGCACUAUGACUAUGUGGAUGUGGAGACGAUAGCCAGCAUUGUUAGUGCUGGGCGACGCUCCUUUUUAUUUGCAAGUUCCUGUCAGGGCCGGUGGCCUGAGCCUAGGGUCUAUGAUGAGGUCCCCUAUGAGAAGAUGCAGGAUGACGAGCCUAAGCGUCCAUCUGGGGCCCAAGUGAAGCGACAUGCCUCUUCCUGCAGUGAGAAGUCAGUCCGUAUAGACCCACAAGUCAAAAUCAAGCGCCAUGCCUCCAGUGCCAAUCAAUAUAGGUAUGGGAAGAACCGGGCAGAGGAAGAUGCCCGGAGGUACCUGGUAGAAAAGGAGAAGCUGGAAACAGAGAAGGGCUUGAUCCGGAAUGAGUUAAUGGCCCUACGAAAAGAGAAGAGGGAGCUAAAGGAAGCCUUGAAGAACAGUGCAGGGACAAGAUUAAAAGAUCUAGAAGAGAAGCUAGUGAUGCUAGAGGCCCAGUGCCGAGAAAAGGAAGAGAGGAGGAUUGAUCUAGAGCUGAAGCUUGUGGCCGUGAAGGAGAGCCUGAAACAAUCCCUGGCAGGAGGACCAGCUCUUGGGCUUGCUGUGACCAGCCAAUGCAAGACUGGAGAAACAGCAAAUAAGCCUCCCAGCCUAGAAUCCCCUCCUCCUGUCAACUGUGUAUCAGAGCUGAGGAAGAGGAGCCCAUCUAUCAAUGUUUCCAGCAAAGGGAAGGUGCUCCAGAAGGCCAAGGAAUGGGAAAUGAAGAAAACCUAAGAGAAACAUGAGAAAUAUAUCCUCUGGGAGAUACCAGCUUCUCUAGCCCACCUUUCAGCCCCUUUUUCUUAAGAGCCGGAGAAAAGUAGCACUGUUUGGGAACACAUGAAGAUUGCCUUCAUUUUCUGUGUUGGGGGGAGGGGGGAAGGGAGGAAAAGGGAGGAGGCACUUUGCCACAGGGGCACAGGGAGGGGGAGAAGUGGUAGAUAGGCUAGUGAUGGAAUGAGGAAGACACUUGGGACUUUUCGGGGUGGGGGUGGGAAUGGAGAUUGGAGUGAGAGGACUGUUAGGUAACACAGUAUCUCUGGACAAACUGGAUUGGCCAUUUUUUCAUCUGAAGAAACAAGGAACUGGUGAAUAAUCACCUUUAUUUGACUGAAAUGAUAAGGAAACACUAAAGCAUAUGGGGCACUGUAGUAAGGAGAAGCUCUUCUUAUGACACUGGAAAGGGUUCCUGGGGCUCUGGUAGCUACUGGAAGCCUUAAUAUGAAGUGGAUUCUGUACUGCCACAGAUGGUGAUUUCAUGGUUUGCACAAUCCCCUUUAUUUUAUCAAUGUUCAUCAAUGGCUAUGAACCUCCAAAAGUUUUUUUUUUGGUGGCCACCUUUUUGGGGAUAACACUCAGUUUGGUGAUCCACACUCAGUUCAGCCUCAGACAAUGCAUCUUUCUCACCAGGCCUGGGCUUUCCAGCGUGCUGGGGCCUUGCUAGAACCUCUGAUGUGCUGGAAUAGCCUUGAAGAUCCCAGGGUUACCUCCACACCAUGAGGAGGUACUGGGAGAUGACUGGGAUGAUAGCUACUUGUUUAAACUUGGGCUAAAGCCAUGCAAAAUGUGAAUCCUGUGACCCUUCACUUAUUCCCCCUGUGGAGUUGUCUAGGACAACUGGCCAUCAGUAGUGCCUGUUGUGCAUGUCAUCAGUUAAAUCUGAUUGAUAUGAAAGCAAAGAUCUGAAGAAGUGGUGAAAAUGAACGUAGUUGGGGUGUUUUAAGGCCCAUAUUGUGCCCAGGCCAACCCUAAGGAGAGUGGUACACACGGAUACAAGGUUACCAUGCUAAUAGCACACUCACAAGCAGAAACCUGCUCAUAGACAGGCAUUGUGGCAUCAGUAAGAACACAGGAUUUGGGGUCAGAGGACCUGCCUCGGACACUUAGAAAGUGUGUGUCCCUAGGGCAAUCACUUAAUGUGACCGAGCCUCAGUUUCCUCAUCUUCAAAGUGGGGACAGUAACAGCACCUACCUCACAGGGCUUUUGUGCGAAUCAAAUGAGAUGAUGUAUGUAGAGUGUUCUGGAAAUGUUGAAGCGCUAUAGAAAUACAAGCUAUUAUUAUUGUUAUUAUAUUUCAGCCCUGCAACUUACAACAUGUAUGACUUUGGGCAAGCCACUCAAAUCUACAAGCUUUAUAAAAUAGAAAAUAAAGGGCUUGGAUUAAAUAAGUCCCUUCAUACUCAAAAUCCUGUGAAUUUAUAUACUCCAUAGGAAGAUAUGAGCCAAGGAUGCAGGUGUUUUAAUGUAGCAAAUGUACAGAUGCCUUCUUCCCUGGGACUCUAUCCUAACACCCUCCUCGUCUCCUCUUCUCACGUGUGAUGCCUCUGAGGCAUCUGCCACUUAAUCUGCUGUGUAUGGGAAUAGAAAUCUGCUUGAAAUGACUUAAGAGAAAUCUAGGUACUCAAGAUUUCUCUUCCUUCAUCUUGAAAGGGAAAAGGGGUCCUCCCCUUUCCCUUUCCCACCUUUCCUGAAAAAUAAUCCAUUGCCAAAGGCCAAAGGAAGCCCUGCUGAGUGAGUGUAAGCACACUGGGGAAGUGGGGACCUUAGAUGUUGAGCUAUCAUGCAUACUGUGCCACAAGUUACUGUUUAAAACCCGUAUGCACUUUAAAGGUCUGUGACAUGUUUUCCUCCAAUAAAGAUAAAACUAUGUAACUAUUCA